AUGCCAACAGCACUACGAUACUCCAUAUUUAUAUUUGAGUAUUUCUCAGAGAUACCUCGUCUUCUUUACUUCUGUAGUAUGUCAAUGGUUGGAGUUAUAUCCACGGAGAGAUUUUUGGCUGUCUUCUUUCCUUUCAAGACUUCCCGGUUGAUGACGCCUUUUAGGAUGAAGCUUCUCUCAGUCCUGGUCUACGUCGUCAACGCUUUGAUGUUCUCUCCCACUUACGUUAUGCUGACACAUGACUACGUCUACAGUGAGAAGUAUCAAGGGUUAGUUCCGGUCAUUGAGCCCACAGAGUUCUUUCAGAAAAACUUUGACGCCAUCAACAUCGAGAUUGGGAUUGUCUACAACAUUGCUGUUUCCGGAACAUCCUUUUUGGUGACCUUGGUGUUUACUCCAGCAAUCGCCAUCAAACUUUGGUUGGUCAGUCGCGAGAGAACUAAACUGAUCAAUCGAAAGGGUGUUUCAGAGAAUCAUGUAGCGAAACUUUUACUCACCGUAUGUGCGAUGAGCAUACUGUUCUACGGGCCAUUCAUUGGCUUCGAUGCUGCAAUCUCGUUCCUGCAACAAUACUCGUCUUUGACCAAUGUCUUUCAAGUGUUUCUGAUUGUUGCUGACUUCAGUGGGACAGUCUGUGCGUUCUCUAAUUUCUUGAUUUACGUCACAAUGUCACGAAAAUUCAGGAACAAGUACAAGGAACUUUUAUUAAAAUGUUGCAUUUCACGAAACAAUUGUAACAUUUUUAACAAGGAAGAGAAAAGGGGGCAAUAG